GCCACUUAAACAGGAUAAAACUUCCACCAAAUGAAGAGAAACUUAUUGAAAAUCUCGUUGAACAACCUUUGGGCAUCAUUAUUCUUGGGCAGAAUUGUCUGGCUAAAGCAUCAGUGGUCAAUGAAUUGUUUGGGCAGCCCUUGUUACCUACUUUAUAUCCUAGACAGUGUAAUCAGGAGGAGCGUCUUAGUUGGAGGAUGGUUCGAUUUUCAUAUGGAACCCACACACAGAUUAGUCUGGCUUUGGCAAAUAGCUAUGAACUUGUUGAACACUUAAUUGAACAACCAUGGCACACCAUUCCUGCUGCAGACCUUGAAGUGGGGAAAAAUCCAGAUUUGAGCACAGCUGUGUUAGAAAUCCGUUUGCGCCAUGCUUUGUUACGAGAUAAUGUCCAAGUGGUAGUUUCCCCAUCUAACCACACGAGUCAAUUUAAUCAAGUUUACAGGCAUUGUGUUGAAGGACUGACCCCAAUCCUUAUUUAUUGCUUUAAAGAAGACACCCUGACAGAAAAGGAGCUUGAAGAUCUAAUAUCUCUAAAAAAGGUGGCCCCAAAACAGCCGGUAUUUUUUGUUUGUUCUCGACCUAUGCCAACCUGUGAGUUGACAGAAUCAGAGCAGCAUGCACGUAGUGAGUUGUUAUCUAGUCAUUCACACAUUCUUCAACCACACAUGCUCCAGGAGAUUUAUUCCAAUAAACUGUAUCGGCUCACCCAGAAACAACAGGAAUCUCGACUCCCAAACAAAGGACGUUCAGUUUUUCAGCAACUCUGUGGACUAGGCUAUCUGAGUUCCAUGUCUGUUAGUACAAAACGAAAUCUUCAGAGACAACAUAGUAACUUUUAUGAAGUUGAGAGUGAGCUAAUUGAAAAUUUUGAUAACUUUCCAAGCAUUCUCUUGUUCAUUCGGCACCUGCUACAGUCAUUGCUAAUCGAAGCCACUACAUUACUGAACGAGUCUCACAAUCGCUGCCUACGGAUGUUUGUCCUCACGGCGUUUGACAUGACUAGAGACAUGCUGGUGACACCUAAACGUCUCGAAUACACUCGUCAAAGAGAGGCUGAGCUUUACUCCUCUUUAAUGACAAUAGCCAGUAAGAAACAAGAAGAAAUAAGACAGCUUAUUGUUAACACUAUUGAAGGAAUGAAGGAAGAUUUGCUUGAGGAAGCUACCAAUCACCAGUUUCAAGGUUAGAGAAAUAACUAAGUCAGUC